AUGUCGUCCUGCUUCUCCGGAUCGGACAGGAAACUUCAGAGGAACAACUCCAAGGUCCAUGAUGAUGGCAGAGCCGACGUCUCCUUCGACGAGAAACUUCAGGCCAAGCUGUUGCGCAAGUUCCACCACGAAGACAAAAAGGCAAAGAGGAACCCGGAUGAGGCUGAGGCCAAGGAACCCAAACGUGCAGCACUUCACUGGCGCAAGAGAAAGGACGACUUUGUAGCAGAUCUCCAAGGUUUCGAGGGAGUGCCUCGUAUGAACAUUGCGAAGGCGCCAUACAACCACCGUGUUAGAAUCUGCACUCACCCCAACUUCAAGGACUUCGUCGAGGACAAUGGACUGGAAUUCUACUCGAUUGGAGGCGACCCUGAGAAGCUCAUGUCGUACAUGGUCCGCAAUCCUGGUGUCAUUCCGAGUCUCGAAUCUAUGAAAGCUGGUGAUGUUGGCGACCGUCGCGAAGAAAUCGCAGAGAUGUUGGAAGGUUGUUGGCGAGCUUGUACCCAGGGCGGCAAUGGCGUUGAUCCUAUCAGACUUCCUCAAGCGAGCAAGAUCAGCUCGGACACGAUAAUGGAUCUGCCUGACCCUUUUGUAGCUGACGCUAUUAUCAGUAACCCUCCAGCAUACGCCAAUAUUCACAUCGCCGAGAAGCUGGCUGUACCUCUGCAUAUGAUGUUCACUAUGCCUUGGAGUCCGACUACCGCGUUCGCGCAUCCUUUGGCCAACUUGGACACCGAUAAGGGAGAUAGAAAACUCGCCAACUACCUUUCAUACUACAGCAUGGAGUUACUUACAUCAGAAGGAUUGAUCGAUUUGAUUAACGACUUUAGAGAAAACACGUUGGCACUUGAUCCUCUUCAUGCUGCUUGGGCCCAUCAAUUGCUGCCGCAAUUGAAGGUGCCGUUCACAUACUGCUGGUCGCCCGCACUCAUUCCGAAGCCAGAAGACUGGGGCUCACACAUCACCAUCAGCGGCUUCUUCUUCAUGGACCCAAAGAAAGAUUUCGAGUUUGACGCGGAUUUGAAGAAGUUCCUGGAUGCUGGCGACCCACCAGUAUACAUUGGAUUUGGCUCGAUUGUAGUUGAUGAUCCAGAGGCGAUGACCAAGAUGAUUUUGGACGCUGUGAAGCAGCUCGGAAGUGAGUUCACAUGCUACCAUGAUGAGAUUGAUCUAACAAUCGCCAAUANNGUCAGAGCUCUCGUCUCGAAAGGUUGGGGUGGUAUCGGAGGUGAAGACGUCCCUGACAACGUCUUCCUACUUGGCAAUGUGCCCCAUGACCAACUCUUCCCUCACUGCAGCGCAGUAGUCCAUCAUGGUGGUGCCGGCACAAAUGCCAUCGGCAUAUCUUUGGGAUGUCCAACAGUCGUCGUAGAGCUGGAUGCGGACAACUUGGCCAACCAAAUCAGAGAAGCACUCAAGCCUGAAACGAAAGAGCGCGCAAAAGAACUCGCGGCGAAGAUCAAGGAAGAAACUGGUGCAAAGACUGCCGCCAAAUUCUUCCAUGAGACAAAGCAAAUGCAGAAUACCGGCUGUUUUCUAUGCCCUGACCAGGCUGCAGUAUACCGUGUAAGAAGAACCAAUAUCAGGCUCAGCGCUCUUGCCACAGCUAUUCUCGUCGAUCAUGGCAAAAUUCACCCUCAGCAUUUGAAGCUUAUCAGAAGAAAGCGUUGGUACGUCGAAAAGGGCGCUCAAGAGCCUCUCAUCGGUAUCUAUGGAGCGAUUGAGACGACCGGAGUCGGCUACAAGAACUGCGUCAGCCGUUUGGCCAAAGACCUGCACCACAACAAGGCAAGCAACGCACCCGGCAAGAUCUUUGUCGGCGAUGCAGAAGCUGCUGGCGAGGUACCUGGCGCCCUCAAAGCUGUCGGUAAGUUCACUGGUGCCGUGGGCAUGAACACUCUCAGACUUCCUGUGGAUCUUCUCUACAACCUCGCCAAUGGAUUCCACAACGCGCCUUUCCAUUUCUUCUCGGACGACACCGUUCGAGUCCGUGGCGAGAUCAACGGCGUCAUGUCUGGAACCAAGGUUGGAUUCCAAGAGCUGGUCUUUGGUUUCUACGAUGCGUUUACCGGUGUCGUCACUCAGCCCGUUCGUGGCUACAAANAGCACAGCAGCGAAGGUGUCGGUGCAGCAAGUUUCGGAUUAGUCAAGGGAAUUGGCAAGGGUUUCGUCGGCCUGGUCAGCAAAAGCUCCGCUGCCGCCCUCGGAGUGCCCGGCUACGGCUUCAAAGGCCUCGAGAGAUCCAUCCGCACAGGCUGGAAGACCCGCGACACACCCAACGAAAACAGCUUGGCUUUACUACAUGCCUUUCAAGGCCAAGAACAAGACAGCCAACAAUUGGGCAAUGCAGCCUUGGCUUUGGUGUCUCAAGCCCAAGGUAACAGCAUACGCAAACAGAUCCGCGGCAGGAGGGGCUGGCAGUGCUUCAUGGAUUUGCAACAUCUGAGACAGAAUCCAGACAAGGCUGCUGCCAAAGAGGAAGAGAUUUUGCAGGGCUGGGACCGCCUCAAGGUUCCAAAGGAGUUUACUCGUGUUGACGAGUAG